AUUAUAGUACCUAUAGCCAAGCUGCAGCUCAGCAGGGCUACAGUGCCUACGCCCCUCAGCCAGCUCAAGGAUAUGCACAGACCACCCAGACAUAUGGGCAGCAGAGCUACGGGACCUACGGGCAGCCCACGGAUGUCAGCUACACCCAGCCCCAGAGCACGGCCAGCUACGGGCAGACGGCCUAUGCCUCCUCCUACGGACAGCCCCCUGCUGGUUACAGCACCCCUGCAGCCCCCCCAGCCUACAGCCAGCCCGUGCAGGGCUCUGGCACAGCCACCUACGACAGCAGCACAGCCACAGUGACCACCACCCAGGCCUCCUACGCUGCACCCUCUGCCUACGGCACCCAGCCCGCCUACCCGGCCUACACCCAGCAGCCGGCAGCCUCUGCUCCCACCAGACCCCAGGAUGGCAGCAAACCAGCAGAGAGCAGCCAGCCACAAUCGAGUACGACAGGCUACAGCCAGCCCAGCCUGGGGUAUGGCCAGAGCAACUACAGCUACCCCCAGGUGCCUGCCAGCUACCCCCUGCAGCCUGUCACUGCCCCGCCCUCCUACCCACCCACCAGCUACCCCUCCACACAGCCAAGCAGUUACGACCAGAGCACUUACUCCCAGCAGAGCACCUAUGGACAGCAGAGCACCUAUGGCCAGCAGACCAGCUAUGGCCAGCCCAGCAGCUAUGGCCAGCAGCCCCCCCCAACCAGUUACCCCCCCCCGACAGCAUCCUACAGCCAGGCCCCCAGCCAGUACAGCCAGCAGAGCAGCAGCUACGGCCCACCAAGUUCCUUCCGUCAGGACCAUCCCAGCAGCAUGAGCGUGUAUGGACAAGAAUCUGGAGGCUUUUCAGGCCCAGGAGAGAACCGGAAUCUGAGCGGCCCCGACAGCCGGGGCAGGGGCAGAGGGGGAUAUGAUCGUGGAGGCAUGAGCAGAGGUGGGCGGGGAGGAGGACGAGGUGGAAUGGGCAGCGCUGGAGAGCGAGGUGGCUUCAAUAAGCCUGGUGGACACAUGGAAGAAGGACCCGACCUUGAUUUAGGCCCACCUAUGGACCCAGAUGAGGACUCGGACAACAGCUCAGUCUACGUGCAGGGACUCAAUGAUAACGUGACCCUGGAGGACCUUGCAGACUUCUUCAAACAGUGUGGGGUUGUCAAGAUGAACAAGAGGACUGGGCAGCCCAUGAUCAACCUCUACAUCGACAAGGAGACAGGCAAACCCAAGGGGGAUGCCACGGUGACCUACGAGGACCCGUCCACUGCCAAGACAGCAGUCGAGUGGUUUGAUGGGAAGGAUUUCCAGGGCAACAAGCUCAAAGUGUCCCUGGCUCGGAAGAAGGGCCCGAUGAACAGCAUGAGGGGCGGGAUGGCCCCCCGGGAGCAGCGGGGGAUGCCCCCCCCCCUCCGUGGAGGUCCGGGGGGACCCGGUGGCCCCGGGGGGCCCAGCGGCCCCAUGGGCCGGAUGGGAGGCAGAGGUGGAGACAGGGGAGGCUUCUCCUCCAGAGGACCACGGGGAUCCAGGGGGAAUCCCUCCGGGGGGAGUGUCCAGCACCGGGCUGGGGACUGGCAGUGUCCCAAUCCGGGAUGUGGAAACCAGAACUUUGCCUGGAGAACAGAGUGUAACCAGUGCAAGGCUCCGAAACCAGAAGGGUUCCUCCCACCCCCCUUCCCCCCUCCAGGGGACACGGGGCAGGUUCUGGAGAAGAUGCUGGUGACCCUUCCCAUCCAUGGGGGAAACUGA